AUGUGCAAUUACCUCCACUUCCGCAGUCGCGCCUGCCGCCACCACUGGCUGCAGAUCUACCAGCCGUGCUGGCCGGGCCAGGGAUUCAACACUUGCAACACCUUUGGCGACGGCGUUGCGCGUCAACCGGGCGAGCUUAUCGAUGCCGUGGGUCCGUGUCCUGCGUGCUCGACACACGGGGCUUAUGAUCGUCAUCAGAUUCGCAUGAUUAUGGAUAUUCGGGAGCGCUGGCGUUGGGGUAUGGGGCCUAGUAAGAGUGAUCCCGGGUCUCGCGAGGUCAAGAAAUCGACGGCAUUACCUUGA